UAGACCUCUUCACCAACCGUCGCUUAAACAAGAAAAGUCCUUGCCUUGUUAUACCAUCCACCAAAACACAGACCCAGAGAAAUUGGGGAAAAUCUUAGGGUUUUUCCUCAAUGUGAUCCCACUUUCCAAAUCAAAAACCCCAACUCCUCCAAAUUCUUGGGCACUUUCCCACUGUUUUAAUCUCUCUAGGUCGCUUGUAAUUCAGUAAUGGCGGAUGAGUCUGACGCUUCGCCUCUCAUCGCUCCGAUCCCGAUCACCGACCCCAGUGAGAUCGACCUCGAAGCCGGUCCCGGCGAGCAAAUCCAGUGCCGAAUUUGCCUUGAAAGUGAUGGUAGGGAUUUUAUUGCUCCUUGCAAAUGCAAAGGGACUUCAAAGUAUGUUCACAGGGAGUGUUUGGAUCAUUGGAGAGCUGUAAAGGAAGGUUUUGCAUUUGCUCAUUGCACAACCUGCAAGGCUCCUUACCAUUUGAGAGUUCAUCAAGCUGCCGAUAGGAAAUGGCGAACCUUGAAAUUUCGAUUCUUUGUGACCAGAGACAUUAUAUUUAUAUUUCUCGCUGUCCAGCUUGUGAUUGCUUCAUUGGCAUAUUUGGUGUUUUUAAUAGAUGGUUUCCAGCAAUUUUGGCUUCGUCUUGCAUGGGGUUUUGAUAGUGAACCAAGUUUCUACUAUAUUUGUGGAGCUUUGCUGUUUUUCGCUUUGCUUGGGUUAUCGGGAUGCUUCAUUACUUGUUAUGACCGAAGAGUGCGCAACGAUUUGGCUCAGCCUUGUCGAGAGUUAUGUCUUUGUUGCUGUCAGCCUGGUGUCUGCGCAGAUUGUCAUUUACCUGGCACUCUUUGUAUGUGGACUGACUGUACCACAUGCUGGGGAAGUUGUGCAAGUAUGGCCGGAGAAUGUGGUUGCUUGGGAGGUGCUGGUGAAGCAGGGCUUCCAAUAUUAUUUAUAAUGGCUCUGAUUGUGCUGGGGCUUUUCACAAUUAUUGGGAUAUUCUACAGUGUACUGGUAGCUACAAUGGUUGGACAAAGGAUUUGGCAGCGGCAUUAUCAUAUACUUGCAAAAAGGAUGCUGACAAAAGAAUACGUUGUCGAGGAUGUUGAUGGUGAGAUGACAGGAUCUGAUUGGUCUGCCCCACCUCUCCCACCUGAGCAUGUUCAGCAGCUGAAAACUCUUGGCCUCCUAUGAAUUUGAAGGUCACGUUACCAAGAAAAAUAACAUAUAUUUAGCUUCUGAGUCUGAUUUGCUUUAAUAUAAAAAAGAGGAGUAUAUGGUAACUGAACAUAUCCCAAAGUCCUUUCUAGUUCAGUUGUUCUGUAAAAUUUUGUACUGAAACUUGUGAAAAGUGUUGCCUUUCUAGCAGUGUAAGAAAUCAGGACUAGGAUAUCCCAAAUAACUAACAUGUAUAUCAAUAAUGUUUUCAAGCGACAAUUUACUGUUGUGCAGACCAUUUUUCAUAUUUUUGAUGUUGAGGAAAUGAACGAACUUUUUUCUCUUA